AUGUCAUCUCUGCAGACCAAACGACCGCUUCGCAUCCUAGGAUCGUCUGGAUCCGCCCAGGACCGCCGAAGGCUUCUUGCUGCAGCUGUGAAAAACCAUAAGAACGACCCAUUUGAUGUUCUUGUUGGAGACUGGAUGUCUGAAGCUAACAUGACCUUCAAUGCUACAAAGCACUACAAAGGAGAAGGAAUUGCCUACGAGAAAACCUUCAUUUCCGCCCUCGAAGACGUGCUACCAGAGGUCGCUGGGCAUGGCAUUAAGAUUGCGGCAAACGCCGGGUCAUCAGAUACCAAGGGGCUUUAUGAUGCCCUGCUUGCCCUUGUGAAGGAGAAGAAUGUAUCUCUAAACAUUGCUUGGGUCGAAGGGGAUCAGGUUUUACCAGCUGUACUGAAAGCAGAAGCCGAGAACGCCUUUGAUUUUCGCCAUCUUUGCACAGACCAACCUUUCAGCGAAUGGAGACAUGAACCGAUUUCCGCCCAGGCGUAUUUAGGCGGCCUUGGAAUCGCCGAAGCUUUCAAGCAAGGUGCCGAUAUUGUUGUUUGCGGUCGAGUUUCAGAUGCUUCUCCCGUCAUUGGAGCUGCAUUAUGGUGGCACGGCUGGGACCGGGAGGACUAUGAUCAACUUGCCAACUCCCUCGUGGCUGGACAUUUGGUCGAAUGUUCUUCCUAUGUCACUGGCGGCAAUUUUACCGGAUUCAAAGACCUGGAGCAUCGUGGCUGGCAAAACCUCGGCCUGCCCAUUGCUGAAAUUGACUAUUCUGGCCAGGUUAUAAUCACCAAAACCCGUGGAAGUAAUGGCUUGGUCUCGGCCAAUACCUGCAAGUCGCAACUACUAUAUGAGAUCCAAGGUCCACGAUACUAUAACUCCGAUGUCACAGCGUAUCUAGAAGGAGUCAAGUUCGAAGAGCGUGGGCCUGAUCGAGUCCUUCUAUCCGGAAUUUACGGUGGCCCACCCCCUGCCACUACGAAAGUCGGAAUCACAGCCAAAGAAGCGUAUCAUGCCGAGCUAUUAUUCUGGCUGGUAGGGCUUGAUAUUGAUGCGAAAGCGAGGAUGCUGGAGGCACAAAUUCGGGAGGAAUUGGGUCACCGCGUGAAGAAUCUGAGCCUGCUUGAAUUUAGUUUGAAUGGGAUGGCAGCGGAAGACGCCCAUAAUCAAGCAUCUGCCACUGUAGGGUUCCGAGUCGUUGCUCAAGCACUCGAAAAGAAACAUCUCUCGUCGGCCAAUUUCUUGGAACCCAUCCUGGAGACUACCAUGGAGCUGUACCCUGGUGGAACAUUCCAUAUGGACGUGCGGACUGCUCUCCCUAGGGAGAUCCAUGAGUACUUUGUGACCAAGUUCCCCCAAUCCCUUAUCAAUCACCGUAUCCAUCUCCACGAUGGACGAACAAUUGGCAUCACGCCGCCAUCAACGUUUGAGAACAGAAUUCCAGCCCCUGCACAACCAUCUGCUUAUGUUGAUGUCGGUAGUUUUGGUCCAACAAAACGAGGACCUUUAGGCUGGAUAGUCCAUUCUCGCUCCGGAGACAAGGGCUCUAAUGCAAAUGUCGGGUUCUAUAUCCGUCAUGAUGAUGAAUAUAAGUGGCUCCGUGCGCUUCUUACAGUCGAGAAAAUCCAGCAACUUCUGGCAAGGGAAUACAAGGGUGGAAGAAUCGAGCGAUUUGAAUUGCCGAAUAUUGGAGCGGUGCACUUCUUGCUUUACGAUCAUCUUGACCGUGGAGUUAGCUGUACUACAACGCUCGACUUCCUCGGGAAGAAUGUUGGGGAGUAUUUGCGAUCAAAAUUUGUUGAUAUUCCAGUCGCCUUCUUGGAGCGUGGGAAGAUCUAA